GGAUACAUAAGCAAAUUAAGCCCCGCCCCCUUUCCUGCCGGCGGAAGGCGAAAAGCGAAAAAUAGAAAUAGAAGCACAAGUUUGCUCGCUCGCUGCAGACUGUUCGUCGCAGUUCUUCUUCCGUUUCUGUGGACUGGCAUAAAUUUAUUUUACCCUUGACGCUGAGGAAAAAUCCAAAAUAUCUGCCAACAUAAUGAGUGUCGAAGAAGGACUUAUUAUUGGUAUGGGCAACCCGCUGCUGGACAUGCUGGUUGUGGGGGAUGAAGAUUUGCUGAGCAAGUAUGGCCUGGACGCUAACAACGCUUGUCUGGCCGAAGAAAAGCACAAGCCCAUGUACGAGGAACUGGUCGAAAAUUAUGUGGUUGAGUACAUAGCUGGAGGAGCAGUGCAAAACUCUCUACGUGUUGCCCAGUGGCUACUUCAAAAGCCUCGCGUGGCUGUUUUCUUUGGGUGCGUUGGAAAGGACAAGUUUUCCGACAUUUUAAAAUCAAAAGCUGAGGAGGAUGGAGUUGUUGCCCGCUACCAAUACAACGACACUACCCCAACUGGGACGUGUGCUGUAAUUGUCACUGGUACUGGAAACAGCACGCACAGAUCCCUUUGUGCAAACUUAGCAGCUGCAAAUUGCUUCACCCCUGACCAUCUGCAAGUUCCUGAGAAUCUAAAAAGCAUUGAAACAGCCAAAUAUUUUUAUGUUUCCGGAUUUUUCUUGACUGUAAGCCCGGACUCGAUGUUGGUGCUUGCGAAACAUGCCCUCGAACAAAAAAAAUUGUUCACCAUGAACCUCAGUGCUCCCUUCAUUUGCCAGUUCUACAAGGAACCACAAAUGAGUGCCUUUCCUUAUAUUGACAUCCUCUUUGGAAACGAAUCAGAAGCAUUAGCAUUCUCUGAGGCUCAGAAUCUUGGAACAAAGGAUAUCAAAGAGAUAACCCUAAAAAUUGCAGCCUUACCCAAGUUGGGGUCAUCAUCACGCAUUGCUGUUAUCACGCAGGGUCACGACCCGGUGCUGGUUGCUCAAGAUGGGAAAUUGACCGAAUAUGUUGUACCACAAUUGCCUGCUGAGAAAAUAGUUGACACAAAUGGAGCUGGAGAUGCUUUUGUAGGAGGAUUCUUGGCCCAACUUGUGCAAGGGAAGCCUAUGGAUGUUUGCGUCAAAUGCGGUAUCUGGGCUGCAUCUGAGAUCAUCCAGCGCUCUGGAUGUGCAUUUUAUGGAAACCCUUCGUUUACAGAGUGACCGUUUCAAUGGUAAGUUUCUGCUGUGCAGAUUUUUUUUUAACGGACCAGUGAAUCUUCAAAGCGAUUAAUACAACACACCAAAUAAACAAGAAGAAUUAUUAAUUGGCACACAAGGCCUUUAUUUAAUGGUAC